AUGCCUGUUGUUACUCCAGAGAAGCUUGCCAGUCUGCAACGGCAUGCUGACGAUGUCCGAAACAUUUGCAUUCUGGCGCACGUCGACCACGGCAAGACGUCGUUAACAGAUGCGCUCCUCGCCACAAAUGGCAUCAUCUCGCCGAAGCUUGCCGGCAAGAUCCGCUAUCUUGAUUCCCGCCCUGACGAGCAGAUCAGGGGUAUCACCAUGGAGUCAUCCGCCAUCUCUCUCUACUUCUCGAUGCUUAGGAGAUCAUCACAGGACGCUGCACCAAUACCAAAGGAGUACCUGAUCAACCUGAUAGACUCCCCCGGCCACAUCGACUUCAGCAGCGAAGUAUCCACAGCAUCGAGAUUAUGCGACGGUGCCGUUGUGCUUGUCGAUGCUGUGGAGGGUGUGUGUAGUCAGACGGUCACAGUCCUUCGCCAGACAUGGACAGAAAAGUUGAAACCGCUGCUUGUGUUCAACAAGCUGGAUCGACUGGUCACGGAGCUCAAGAUGACCCCCGGUGAGGCUUACAUUCACCUGAACAAGCUGCUUGAACAGGUCAAUGCGGUUCUAGGGAGUUUCUUCCAAGGUGAACGCAUGGAAGAAGACCUGAACUGGCGAGAACGGAUGGACGAACGAGUCGCUGCUGCAGCGGCCAAAGAGUCAAAACACGGCGACUUUGACAGCGACGCUGCCGAACUACAAUUCGAAGAACGGGAUGACGAAGAACUGUAUUUCGCCCCGGAGAAGAACAAUGUCAUAUUCAGCAGCGCUGUCGAUGGUUGGGCAUUCACGGUUCGGCAGUUUGCGAGCUUGUACGAGAAGAAGCUCGGCAUCAAAAGAAACAUCAUGGAGAAAGUCUUAUGGGGUGACUUCUACCUCGAUCCAAAGACCAAGAAGGUCCUUGGACGAAAACACCUAAAGGGUCGAAAUCUGAAACCCAUGUUUGUUCAGCUUGUACUUGAGCAGGUAUGGGCGGUAUACGGAGCAACAGCAGGGGGUGAUCAUGGAAAGGGUGAUCCUGCUUUACUCGAGAAGAUUACAAAGUCGCUAAACAUAACGAUACCUCCUCACAUUGCACGGUCUAAAGAUCCUCGACUUUUGCUUACAACAGUAUUUUCCUCGUGGUUACCUUUAUCCACGGCGCUGCUGGUUUCUGUUGUCGAAUCAUUACCCUCUCCACGAGCGGCCCAGGCUGAACGGUUACCAGAGCUAUUAGAGGAGUCCCCGGGGUCGAAGUAUAUUGAUCCUGCCGUCAAAGAUGCCAUGAUUAACUUCAAGGCUUCCAAGUCUGAUCCCGUCGUCGCGUAUGUCAGCAAGAUGGUUUCCGUUCCCGAAAGCGAACUUCCAGCGAACAAACAUCGGACUGGCCAGCUCAGUGCCGAUGAAGCCAGAGAGCUAGCAAGAAAGAAACGAGCAGAACUAGCACGCGCCCAGCAAGCCGAGACAAAUGGGAUGAACGACAUAACGAAGGCACUCGAGACUACGGCAUUAGACGACUUUGUACCAGAACCCGAAGAGAAGCAGGUAGAUCCAGAACAUCUAAUAGGGUUUGCGAGAAUAUUCUCGGGAACUCUGUCGGUAGGGGACACUCUUUACGUUCUAGCACCCAAGUUCUCUCCCGCCAACCCCCAUGCCACUCCCGAACCACAGGAGUUCACUGUCACAGCAUUGUAUAUGCUCAUGGGGAGGAAUCUCGAGUCUCUGGACUCUGUGCCUGCUGGUGUUGUCUUUGGAAUCGGAGGCCUCGACGGACACAUCUUGAAGUCCGGAACCCUGUGCAGCCAACUGGAAGGCUCCGUCAAUCUGGCAGGAGUCAACACGCUGGGGAAUCCCAUCGUACGCGUUGCCCUGGAGCCUGUCAACCCGGCAGAUCUGGACAAGAUGAUCGAGGGGCUGAAACUGUUGGUACAAAGCGAUCCGUGUGCCGAGUACGAGCAGUUUGAGAGUGGGGAGCACGUUCUCUUGACAGCCGGAGAACUACACUUGGAACGCUGCUUGACAGACUUGAAGGAGCGGUUCGGCCGGUGUAACAUCCAGGCUGGCGCACCUAUCGUGCCUUAUCGAGAGACCAUCGUUCGAGCAGAGGAGAUGCGACCGCCAGUCAACAAGGACUUGGGUAGAGGUGCUGUUAUUGGUGUUACAAACUCCAAACAAUUGAGUAUCACGGUUCGCGUGAGACCCUUGCCAACUGACGUUACCGACUUCCUGCUCAAGAACGCCGGGUCCAUCAAGCGCCUGUAUUCCGAGCGGAAAGCCGAAGAGGGAUUAACCCACGAGAGCGGUGUGGACGAGGAACAACAGAAAAUCGAAGCAGAUGAUAUCAUCCUCGAAAGCCAAAGUCUGACCGUCGACGAACUGAAGAAACAACUUCAGACUCUCCUCGAAAGUGGCAGAGGCCGCGAAGCUUGGAGAGAUAUCAUCGACAAAGUGGCAGCUUUCGGGCCUCGACGUACAGGUCCCAAUCUGCUCAUAGAUGCCACCAAAGACGGAACAUUCCCCAAGAUCUUUUCGGCAGAAAAGAACGGGGAUGAGAGCCCUCGUGCAGAUGAAGCUUUACACGCAGCACAUCUCUGUGACAAGAUCACAUAUGCUUUCCAGCUAGCCACGAACCAAGGACCAUUAUGCAGCGAGCCGGUUCAGGGCAUUGCGGUCAUCAUUGAAGACUUGACACUCACAGGCACCGAUGAAGAAGCAUCGGCUCGUGAUCGGCUUGGAAGACUGACAGGAGAGGUCCUCAAGACGGUACAGCAGUCGAUCCGACAAGGUUUCAUGGACUGGUCCCCUCGCCUCAUGCUGGCCAUGUACUCGUGUGAGAUCCAAGCAAGCACCGAAGUUCUAGGACGAGUCUACGACGUCCUGACCCGUCGUCGCGGACAAGUCCUGUCGGAGCAGAUGAAAGAAGGCACGCCCUUUUUCACGAUUCUAUCUCUUCUGCCAGUCGCCGAGUCGUUCGGCUUCGCAGAUGAGAUGCGCAAGCGUACCUCAGGUGCGGCGCAGCCACAGCUCAUCUUCACGGGCUUCGAAGUGCUUGACGAGGAUCCCUUCUGGCAGCCAUUCACCGAGGACGACCUCGAGGACCUUGGCGAGCUUGCCGACAAGGAGAACGUCGCCAAGCGCUACAUGGACGUCGUACGCCGCAGGAAGGGCCUGCUGGUCGAGGGACGCCAGGAGAGGGUAGCGGCUGAGAAACAGAAGACGCUCAAGCGUUGA